AUGGAAGGAAAUAAAGCAGCAAAGAGAAAGCCAUGGACUGAAUCUUCAAAGAAAGGAAAGUUUUCACCUUGUUUCCACUGUAAAAGAACCAAUCAUCAAGAAAAUGAUUGUUGGUUUAAAGAAAAGCCUUUAAUUCAGUGCAAAUUUUGCAGAAAAAUGGAUCAUAUUGAGAAGAAUUGCAAGGCCAAGCAGAAUCAACCACAACAACGCCAUAUUCAGCAGGCAAACUUCACUGAAGAGUCAAAAAAGGAAGAAAGAUUGUUUAUGGCUACUCAUGAAGAAAGCACAACCAACCAAUGCAAAUGGUUCCUAGACAGUGGGAAAACGAGUCAUAUGUCAUAUAAUGAGCUCGUGUUUCACACACUUAACAAGUCACUUAAAGCUAAAGUUAGGAUGGGAAAUGGUGCAACAUUAGAAGCACAUGGAAAGGGUUCAGUUUCCUUUCAAACUAACCAAGGUACAAAGCUUAUGCAUGAUGUAUUGUAUGUUCCAUCUUUAGCAUGUAACCUAUUGAGUGUUGAUCAAAUGAUGUCUAAAGGUUACUCCUUACUUUUUAAGGGAAAACAUUGUUUGACUUUUUAUGCUGAUGAUACUUUGAUUGACAAAGUAGAAAUGGUGGAUAAGAUCUUUCCAGUAGAUGAAAAGUUUUGA